AGGGGGAAGUGUGAUGAAGUUUCGAUGAUGGCCAAAAGAUUAAUUGUUGCGCUACGGGUGACGUCAUGCCCGUUGUUUCGGAUGACGCUGAGAGAAGCAGGCCGCACGCGCAUAGCAGGAACCUACCCUGUCAAGGUUUCUGUGGAUCAAGGUCGUCGAUUUCUCCUCAAUCACACGAAAAUACGGGAUCGCCCUCUCCCGUCCCCCUUACCCCCUUCUCAAACAGCAUGGCUCAGGAGACAAAUCAGACGCAGGUGCCAAUGCUUUGCACUAUGGGAUGUGGUUUCUAUGGUAACCCUCGCACCAAUGGAAUGUGCUCUAUCUGCUACAAGGAACAUCUACAGAGACAACAAGGAGGGGGGAGAAACAGUCCCCCAGGUGAGAAAGGUGCCACAUCUCCUGUAGGUUCCCCAGGGGCAUCUGCGGUAACGGUGGAGUCCACCCCUGUACCCACUACGGAAGCCGUUACCCCACCUGAAGAGCGCAAGUCUAGCAGUAGUUCGCCCAGCCCAGUAACCCAGCAGAUGACUGCUAUGAGCAUCUCCCAGGACACGCCAACCACUGAUUCAGACAGAGCAGAAGUGGAGGAGGAAGAGGAGGAUGGCUCGCCUAAAAGCACAGGGCCAGUAGGGGAAGCUGCACAGGCUUCUUCAGACGGAGAUCAGACUCCUGACAAGAACAAAAAGAAGAAUCGAUGCUUCGCUUGUAGGAAAAAAGUUGGCCUCACGGUUGAGAGAGUCAGCAGAUGGUCUCCUUCUAGGUUUUGUAUUCCAGCUCAAAUAUUCACUUUUGUGCAGUCUUAUUACCAUUCCCUAUGUUUACACAUAUAAAACAUUUGCAUCCAUGCAAACAUAUUGAUAAUAAUAAGAAAUGUUUCUUGAGCACCAAA